AGAUAGCAGUAGCUACUUAAACACUCCAGCAGGAGCUCACAAAUUUUUACUUUGCAGAAGUCCUUGACUGUUUCACUCUCUCGUUCUUGGAAUGAAUUUGGAAAUGACUUCUGAUGACUUCAAGAGCAAGACUAUGAGGGAUCAACCUGAUCAGAAGCCAAAUGGAAAGAAAGCUAAAGGUCUUCAUUUUCUUUCUUCUCAGUGGUGGUGCCCUACUGCUGUGACCCUGGGGAUCCUUUGCUUGGGAUUACUGGUAAUUCUUAUAAUUCUGACAAUGCAAUUAUUACAGGUGUCUGAUCUCCUAAAGCAACAGCAAGCAAACCUUACUAACCAGGAAAUUAUACUGGAGGGACAGAUCUCAGCACAGCAGCAGGCAGAACAAGCUUCCCAGGAGUCAGAAAGGGAGCUCAAAGAAACAAUAGAAACCCUUACCCAAAAGCUGGAUGAAAAUUCCAAAAAACAGAUGGAACUUCAUCAGCAGACCCUGAAUCUCCAAGAAGCUCUAAGGAAAGCAGCAAACUUCUCAGGUCCUUGUCCCCAAGACUGGCUCUGGCAUGAAGAAAACUGUUACCUAUUUUCCUCUGGCCCAUUUAAUUGGGAAAAAAGCCAGGAGAACUGCUUGUCUUUGGAUGCCCAGAUGCUGAAAAUUAAUAGCACAGAUGAUCUGGAAUUCAUCCAGCAAGCAAGUGCCCAUUCCAAUUUCCCGUUCUGGAUGGGGUUGUCUCUGAGGAAACCCCGCAGUUCAUGGCUCUGGGAAGACGGCUCUCCUUUGAUGCCCCACUUGUUUAGACUCCAGGGUCCAGUUUCCCACAUCUAUCCUUCAGGCAGUUGUGCAUAUAUACAAAGGGGGGCUGUUUUUGCUGACAACUGCAUUUUAACUGCAUUCAGUAUAUGUCAGAAGAAGGCGAAUCUGUUGACAGCACAGUGAAUUUGAAAGCUCUGGAAGAAGAAAAGGAGAAUUCUCUUCUGGAAUUUAAGUUGUUCUUCACCACAGGUGCAAACCAUGAGAGCCCGGAGAACUGCUUGUUAUUAGCUGAUCACAGAACUCCUUGGCAGAGACUGGGCUUCCCGCCUGCCUGACACCUUGAUAUUAGAAAUUUUGAUUCUGUCUGUCUCUAUGUUUUUCACUUAGCUUGUCCCAAGUCUCCCUGCCAGCCCUUCAAUCUCCCUUCCCUUUGUAUAUUUUAAAGUUGUACUCCUCUUCAAGUCUUGGGAGCCCUCUGUACUCAGUCCUCUGCCUCGGUACCAUCUUUCCUUCACCCUCCUAAACCACAGAGAAAAAGAACGUGGAGAACUUGCCCAACUGGUGUAUGCAUGGAAAAAUGCAAGCGAACACAGCCCAUGAAGAAACAGAAAAGGGGAAAGGCCAUGCUGGAAUCCAGAAACUUGGGUUCUCAAUGUUGAAAGCUAUUACUUGUCGGUCUUUUAAAUUGUGAUCUUUCUCCAGAUUCCACCACGUACACACACGCACACACACAACACACACACAUGCCCACAUCAUCACAUUUUGGGGCAAUUGGGACGUUCCCAGGAAGUAAUUACGAAUUGAAUGAUCUUUUCAGUCAACUAAUCACAAUUCAUUAUUGGUUUUGAAAUCUGUAAUUAUUUCUACAUCCUUUAUCAAAGGACAGCUUAAUCUCUUUAAUCCUUCAGAUAGUAUCUGCUAAAAUCAUGGGGCCUGAGGCAAAAAUAGUAGAUUUUUUUUUCCCCCUAAAGUACACACCCUUUGUAAAUGAGUUCUUCUCAACUCUGUUGUCCUGUGCUAAUGUGGAUACACACAGGAUGAAAAUAGGAAGAUAUUCAAUUAAAGAACAAACUGAGCCAGGUAUGGGAAGAUAGCUGAAUAGAAACAGAUGGAAUUAGAAGUAUUCCUUCAAUUUUCAGUGUUUCUACUCCCUUGCUACCUCCCUUCACAGGUUAUUCCACUUUUUAGAGGAAGUCUUUCCAUUUAGUUGCCCAUAAUCUAGCACCAACUUUAGAAAAAAAGAAAAAGCUGUAUCAUUCCUUGGAAGACAAGAGAUAUUUUCUUUUGUUAGCACAUUUAUUGAUGUUUAAUUGGCAUAUAACAAACUGAAUAUAUUUGAAGUGCACAAUAAUUUUCAUAUAUGUGAACAUGUUCCCUUGAGAUCAUCGCCACAAUGAAGAUAGUGAACAUUUCCAUCAUCCCUCCAACUUUUGUCGUCCCUCCCCCAUGCCUUCUCCUCAGACAACCAUCAGCCUGCUUUCAGUUUGCAUUUGGUAGUAUUUCAUGUGAAUGGAGUCAAACAGUAUGCCUUUUUGUUUGUCUUUGGUCCAGCUUCUUUCACUGAGCAUAAUCAUUUUGAGAUUCAAUCACCUUGUUUCUUGCAUUAAUUUUUUUCAUUCUUUUCAAAUGUUGAGUAUUAUUCCCAUGUGAAUAUACCCCAGUUUGUUGAUAAAUGACCUGUUGAUGACCAUUUGGGGUGUUUUCAGUAUUUGUCUAUUGCAAAUAAAGGUGCUAUAUACAUUUGUGUACAA